AUGCCUUUGUACGCGACGGCCAAUAAUUAUCACCUUCUCCACAGUCUGGCUCUGCUGGGGGCGGCUCAGUGCAGGAAACCCCUCCUGGCUGGAGGCCUCCUAACUGCCGGGAUGGGGCUCUUCUGUGGGGCCCUGUAUCACCAGGCUGUAACGGGUGACCCUCGCCUGAGGAAACUGGCCCCCAUCGGAGGCACGCUUCUAAUCGCAGGCUGGGCGGCCAUCGCACUGUGAAUGCUGACCUCUGAGCUCACAAGCAUCGGCCUGCCUCUCUUUCUCUCUCUCUCACUCCCUCUCUUUCGUUCUCCCCC